GACGCCCCUGGAAACGCGUCGGGAGCUUCCGAGCCGGCCUUGGUGACGCGGCCCGCCAAGCUCGACGCCCCCGCCGGGACCAUGAAACUCACCCGCAAGGCGGUGCUGUCCCGGGCCAAGGCCAGCGAGCUGGGCGGGGUUCGCAAGCUGAAUUGCUGGGGUAGUCACCUCACAGAUAUUUCGAUUUGCCGUGAACUUCCCAACAUUGAGGUGAUCACUUUUAGUGUGAAUAACAUCUCUGACCUGGAGCCAGUGAGCCAGUGCCAGCACUUAACUGAGCUGUAUCUAAGGAAGAAUCGGAUUGCAAGCCUCACUGAGCUGUUCCAUCUGAAAAAACUUCCCCGUUUGAGAAUCCUAUGGCUUUCUGAAAAUCCCUGCUGUGGCUCAGACCUUCAUCGCUAUCGCAUGACAGUGCUGCGUAACCUCCCCAGUCUCCAGAAGCUUGACAACCAGUUGGUGACAGAGGAAGAACUGUCUCAUGCCCUUCUGGAAGGGGAAGAGAUAACGGCACCUCCAGCCAAAUUGGACAUGGAUAACUGCUGCCAAAAUGCCACCACCGAGUCCAGUGCGACAGACUUUACAGUGGAGAGUGAAAAUGAAUUCAUGAACUUCAGCUUGGAGGAAACAAAUAAAAUCCGUCAGCAACUUGGUAUGAAGCCUGUUCCAAGAGAUAAAUUUUCCUCCUUCACACCAAGAAAAGUGGAUGGGAACCGAAAGAAUCAGAACAACAUCCUGAAUGCCAUACUGCUGCUUUUAGAAGAGUUGGAUUCCGAGGGACUAGAAGUCAUCUGUCAGACAGCUGGGAGCAAACUCCAGGCUUUGCAGAAGGAGCUGCAUGAGGAGCGAUAGCAAUUUCCCAGGCAGUGAAACUUGAAUUGUUCUUGCAUUACCAGUUCUCCUUGAAUGCUCCCCAUGCUGAUGUGCUCUGUGUGUGAGGAUGUGCUGUCAAGCAUGGGAAGAAACAAGUCAUGUGAGAGCCCUGCUCUACAAUGUGUUUUCAUCUAUCAUCACAGCUCACAUGCCUGCUGCAUCUAUGCAUCCUCUACCCAUGCUCCACAAAAGUGCAAGCAUGUCCAGAACUGUGGAGGGUAGUUGUCAUAUGGAAAAGGGGAGGCUGUUGGGGACCAUGUCCCAGGUGUACCUCCAGAAAGUCCUUUAAAAAAAUCAUUGAACCUUUAAAUUUAGUGAUAGAGACUUCAAAACUCAGUGUCGGGCUUCUAGUCUCUCCCCCACCCCGCCCCCUGUUGAAUCUUAGACCAAAAAUAGGGUUACAAUCUGCAGUCAAACUAUUUCAGAUUUGAUUUUUUUAAAUUUGAUAAAGAUGUCUUACCUUGCAUUCUGGGAAGUCUGCUUCUGUUUUCUCCAGUCAUUUGCCCCAUUUUGUCUAUUCAGUAGCUGGGGGGCAGGAGGGACCAUUAGGCUUAUAUUCCUAUUUGACAUGCAAGUAAAAAGCUGGUGAUGGCCUGAGGACAGACUGGAAUGUAGAGAAAUACUAUCUGUUCAAUACAGUAUAUUGGCUCUACCAGCUGCAAGGCAACACAUACUGAAAUAAUGUUUUUGAUAAACUGAUAUAGGCCUUGUUUUCUAGCCUGUCAUAGGAAGAUUGUUACUAUCUCAAAGAAAGGACAAUCUCAACAAGUAGGGUUGCAAAUCUUGUGCCUUUAGGAGGAUGGGGAUGUGUGUGUGUGUGAUUACACUGUAUGGUAAGAUAUGAGAGUUAUCCACCUCCAUCUGGAUGGGACUGUAUUUUGUUGCUUUUUCAAGAAUGUACCAUUUGUCAUGCUAGUUUUAUUAUUACUGUUGUGACAUCCAGUUGAGCUUGUAACACAUUUCACAGGUAAAAGUGAGCACUCAUCAGCACUCCAGUUGGAUUCUGGAUUGUGAGCUACAGAAGGAUUAUGGAUUGCAUAUAGGUGCAAGGCAUCAGUGCUUUAAAAACAGUGCAGUUUGGAGCAUAAUUGAUGUUUUGGUUUUGAUUUGUUUAUGUUGAAAUCUCCUAGGAGUUCAUAGUAAUGAUAUUAAGCAGAAAGUAGGUGCAGAUGAACCUGGAAAUAUGGAGCUGUUUUUAAAUACCACCUAAAAAGGGAAGAUACCAUGUUACAUUAGGAACUCCCAGUUUCUUACUAUGGCUGGUCCUGUUAAUAUCCUUGAAACAUUUCUGCUUUUAAAAAAGCAAAAAGUAUGUAAUUAUUCGCAGGAAAAGGACAGUAUUUGUAAGUCUUUAAACAAAACAGCCACCAGGCUUGGAAUAGCUGCCUUGAGUGGUGAUUGUACAGCUAGUCAGGUGUGCUACCUUAAGGGGAAAAAAAACAGACUGAGAAAAAACAAGUUGAUAAUGGAAAGUUAUUUUUUCAGUGCUAAAAAGGGGUUGUGGAAUCUUAGUUUGUGUACUAUAGGAAAGCCAAAGUUUGCUAUGGUUUGCCACCUUUCUAGAGUCAGACACUAUACUCUUGAUUCACUGUGCUCAAAAGAAAUUAUUCUCCUGAGUGCUACAAUUAACUAUAAGACCUUCUAAAACAUUUCCCCAUAGUUGAUCACAGCAGAAAUUGAAACUGGCAUUCAUUCUCCUUGUUGAAUACUGGAUAUGCCUCAUGUGGGGACCCCCCAGUACCUGUCCUGUUCAGUUCCUUGGCCCUCCUGCCCAUAACUGUUGUCGGUGGCCAUCUGUAUGCCACUUUAAAUCCAAAUAAGCAUAAACUAUUUUGUAUCCAGCCGCUGCAAAGCUGAAAAAAACAUCUCUUCAGAAAAAAAAAUCAGUCCUAAUUAUGUGUCCCAAGGUAGCUUUUUCCAGGCUGCCAAGAGUCUGAAAUUAGUUGAAAUAUAUACUAAUGAGCUAUAAAAGGGCCUUUCAUACUGUUUUAUAAGUCUCUCAACUGGCAAAGAAGUAUUUGUACCCUUACUUGAAUAGCUCCAGUUCAUGACUCUCUAAUUUGCGCUUCUUUUGAGGUUUGUAUUAAAAACUAUUUAUAAAAACUAGCAGUUUUAUGGUUGCAAUAAU